UUCUGCUCAUGAAGCUGACGAUUCUACUGCCAUGCUGCUGUACAUCAGAAACUUGUUUGCUAUUUUCCUUCUUCAGUUCACCACCUACGGCAAGGCUGAGGACAUACUGGUGACUGUGGACGAGGGUGCACUGAUGGGAACCACAAAAACCAGCCUCUACAACACAACGUACACGGCCUUCCUUGGAAUCCCGUAUGCUGAGCCGCCGCUUGGAGCGCUGCGUUUCACGGCCCCGCAGCCAGCAGCAGGCUGGGAUGGAGUGCGGAACGCGACCCAGUACGGCAGCGACUGCGUCCAAGAAGACGGCAGCGGCUCAGAGGACUGCCUCUACCUGAACGUGUACGUGCCUGGAGUUCCAGAAGAGGGCGUCAAACUGCCCGUCAUGUUCUGGGUGCACGGCGGGGGAUUCGUACGUGGUGGGGGCUCGGACCGCGAGUACGGACCGGACUUCCUCGUCUCCUACGGUGUCAUACUCGUCACCAUAAACUACCGGCUGGGAGCCUUUGGGUUCCUGAGUACGGGUGACGAGGUGGUUCCUGGUAACGCGGGUAGCAAGGACCAGCAGCUGGCGCUGACCUGGGUGCAGAGGAACAUCAUGAACUUCGGCGGCGACCCUCAGCUGGUCACUCUGUUUGGGGAGAGUGCUGGUGCCAUUUGCGCGUCCUUCCAUCUGGUGUCACCGCUGUCUGCAGGACUCUUCUCAAGGAUCAUUAUUCAGAGCGGCAACUUCAUCGGACGUCCAAAUACCUUGGAGCAGGCCCGCUGGAAUGCUUUCCGACUGGGCUCGGUCCUUGGCUUGGAAACGAAUGACUCACAGGAGCUGGUUGAAUUCCUGCGUUCUCGGGACGCAGCGGAUCUGGUCGCUAGCGACUCAGUCCUCUUGACGGAUGAGCUGAAGGUUUUAUUUACCUACAUCGUGUGGGCGCCACACGUGGAACCAAACCUCGAAGGCGCCUUCCUCACAGAGUCUUCAAUCCAGACGCUCAUCGACGGCCGUUUCCACAGAGUGCCCAUCAUGACAGGAGUCACUUCCGGAGAAUCGGGUUACAAGAUAUUGAACAACACAGAGCAAAUCGAGACACUCAACAGCCGAUUCGUCGAGUCGGUGGCACCCUGUUUACACCUCCCGACUGCAGAGCAGCAACAAGUAGCAGCUCUCAAGCUGAGAGAGUUCUACUUCGGCAACGAUACUAUCUCUACGGACGAUGCUGACUCUCUUGUGAACUUCAGAAAUGACAUGCUGUUUUUCGAGCAAACGGACGCGCUGGUGAGAAAAGUGACCGAGCUAACUGACACACCAGUGUUCUAUUACGAAUUCGACUAUCGCGGGGAGAUCGUCGGAUCUACACACUGGGGGACGAAUCACGCUGGUGAUAUAUUUGUGCUCUUUGUGAGAGAUGAUACUGUAUAUAACCUGGAUCCAGAGUCAGAAGAAGAUCAAGUGCGCAGGAAUAUGGUUCGGUACUGGACCAACUUCGCUAAGUAUCGAAAUCCAACCCCAGAGGCGGAUCCUGUGAUCUGGGAGCCGUACGACAAUGUGACUCGUAGCUAUAUUCUGAUGCAGUCCAACUUCUCCCUCGCUCACAACAAAGACGCAGAGCGGAUGGACUUCUGGCAUCAGAACAUUCCGCUGCAACCUUACGCUGAAGACUCUUAGAAAAAUAUGGGGAGAUUCAUCGACAUAAUGCUUCCUGAGACGUCAGACGGAAUGUCUACUCCUAACUAGAUUAUAAUGUGUUCAAAAAUUAAUUAUUAUCAUUAAUUAGUAUCAUGUGAUUGCCUACUAUGAUGUUACCAAUAUGUAAAAAUGACUAGUACU